UUUUUUUCCAGACAAGUUGUAACUCAAGUGUUGUGUUGUUCUGUAAUUGGUCGCGAUUGUGCACAUUGGGGGUUCGAUAAAGUGUCUAAACCAUUACUGUACAGAAGAUGUUUGGUUUUUUUCGGUAUGAUUCAGUUUCUGAGCAAGAGUAUAUAUGGAGGAGUGAAAAUCUAAACUAAUGGGCCGACUUAUCGAUAGCUCUUCGGGCCCAAUUUAUGGUGUAUUACAUCUUUUAUUGGCUCGGUCCAUUGGGCUGAGUUAUACAUAACACGACGGGCCCCGAGUUUUGUAUUUAUUAUUCUAUUCGUUUUGGCGUGUGUAAUAGCUUUUCAGACAAAUUGCAAAAGUGUCGUGCUGUUCUGUGUUUGGGAGUAUGCACACAACAUGUUCGAUAUAAUGCCAAAACCAUUACAGUACAGAAGAUGUUUGGUUUCUUCCUGUCUGAACCACUUUCUGAAGAAGAGUGUGUUUAGAGAAAGUGAAAACUUGACGCUGUUUCCUGUACAGGUGAGACACAAGUCGGGUGGAGGAUUUAGACCGAAGAAGAAAGUAUACCACAGAGUUCACGAGCUUGACAAAGCCAUAGACCUGAAGAAGAAACCAUCUCUCAUACUCCAACUCAAAUCCAUGAUCCAAUCCCAGAAACACGGAACCAUUCUCCUAAGGGAUCUCGAGAAGCACGUUGGGUUUGUUCACAAAUGGAACUUAAUGGCUGCCAUCGAGAAGUACCCUUCCAUAUUCCACGUUGGAGGUGGAAACAGAGAGCCUCCUUGUGUAAUGCUAACCGAGAAAGCUCAGAAGAUUGCAGAUGAGGAAAGCGAAGCUAUAGAGUCAAUGGAGCCUAUUCUUGUCAACAAUCUCAGGAAGCUGCUGAUGAUGUCUGUUGAUUGUAGAGUGCCUCUGGAGAAAGUUGAGUUUAUUCAAUCCGCAAUGGGUUUGCCUCAUGACUUUAAGAGUAGCUUGAUCCCCAAGUAUCCUGAUUUUUUCUCUGUAAAGGUUGUUAAUGGUAAAGUUCAUCUCGUGUUAGAGAACUGGGACUCUUCACUAGCAAUCACCGCACGUGAAGAGAGGCUAUCACGUGUUCUCGAGCCACCAAGUGAGAACAGAAACAAGGUUAGGAUCACAAAGGAUGGUAACUUCUUGGGCCCAAACGCGUUCAAAGUUUCGUUUCCUCCUGGCUUUAGGCCUAACGCGAGCUAUCUAGAGGAGUUUCAGAAGUGGCAGAAGAUGGAGUUUCCAUCACCUUACCUAAACGCGAGAAGGUUUGAUUCUGCAGAUCCUAAAGCUAGGAAACGAGUUGUGGCCGUGCUUCACGAGCUGCUCAGUUUAACUAUGGAGAAGAGAGUGACUUGCUCUCAGCUGGACGCGUUUCACUCUGAGUAUUUGCUUCCGUCAAGACUAAUACUUUGCUUGAUAAAGCAUCAAGGGAUCUUCUACAUUACUAACAAAGGUGCAAGGGGUACAGUGUUUCUCAAAGAAGGUUAUGGUGGUUCAGGUUUGAUCGAGAAGUGUCCUUUGUUAUUGUUCCAAGAGAGAUUUGUUUCACUCUGUGGUCGGAGAGAAGUGAGCGUGUGUAAUGAUCAAUUGCAGUCUUCAAAUGUUAUCUCCUGAUGUUACCUUUAACCAGAGACAUCACAUUUAGUCUAAAGGGAGCUAGAAACAUUUUUUACUGGUCAUAAUAUAUAAAUCUAUACUAUCAAAACUUGAUAAUAUAUGAUACUUUAACAAAAAAAAAAAUUCUGAUAAAAUUGAUGGGACUUAUGAAAACAUAAACAUAAAUUAGUGGGGUCGAAUGCCAAAAUAUGACAAAAGAUUAAAAUAAUAUUAGAAAAAUAUACACUAAAAAAAUUCACCAAAUUUUUACGGGUAUGUGACCUCACAAGUCCUUCUUUGCCUCAGCUCCUGGUUUGAUGUAUUAUUUACCGUCCAUUGUCUUCUCUUUUUUGUUCAAACCCCUUGAAUCUAUGGAAAAAUGCAUCUAGUAAUCCUAAAGAGAAGUGAAAUCCACGUAUGAACCGUCUUUCCGGAUAUUCAAACGGGCCAUAAACAAUGGGUCCAUAUCCGCCGCGUGGUAACAUAGUGUAGUGUAGUGGGGUGUUUUCUAACCCAUGUUGCUUAUCAACCUAAAGCUCGAAUGCCACUUGGUCAUUAUCGCAUGGUUGAGUACUACUACUUGUGUAAGAUAUUAUUGACUUUUGUCCAAGAAACAGAACCGUAAAUACUAUCUGUUUGAUUGAGAAUGCUAUCUUGAUGAACGCUAGAACGUGUCAUAGCGCGGUACCAAGGGAUAUGUGACUAUGUACUGUGAAUGUGAUUAUGAACAAUCUUGUCCAUGUGGAGGUUGUUGUGAAUUAUAACUACACUUGUUUUUUACUCAGUGUACGCGACUCUCUUGAGAAAACGAUAAGGAGAAUCUUCUAUGUGUUUACACACAACACACACGAAGGAACAUUUCUUUUGAAUGCAAGAGAGAGGGGGUCCAGAAACUCAUGUGGCUUUGUGAAGGCAUCAUGUGAAAAAGAGCCAAAGGGAAGGACAAUUAAAUCGCACUCCACACUCCCCAUUUGAGAGACCUGAGAACAAAAGGUCAGUGUUUUCAUUAUUAGACCACAGAGUGCAUUAUAAUACACGAACCAAAGACCUGUCUCGUUCAUUUUUGCUGGCCCUGUUUUGUUUUUGUUGAGAUAAACAAACAAAACUCUCUUUCUCAUUGUGUUGGAUGGUAACAGGCUGCUGAUGAUAAAUCAAUUUUUACUUUACGGAUAAAGACUAAAUAAACACUUGGUUUCUCGUGAUAAACUGCGUAGUUAGUUGUCAGUUUAUGUCCUUUAGUUAGGUUCCGUGUCUUGUUUGAACAUGCUAACUAACCUAUAUAUAGUUGAAACAUAUCAAUUUGAAAUCCACACCUAUUGGCACAAAAGAACAUCCAAAGUCAGAUUCUUCUUCUUUUUUUUUCUCUUGAAAACUUUAGCAAGUUAAUGGAUUCAUGUCCUUGUCAUUUGGCAUCUUCAUCUAAAUGAAGGGUACACAAUUCAAAGCAUAAAGACAAAAUCUUGAGGUUGAUUGAAGCAUCACGUAAACACACAUCUUUUAAUUUAAUACAAUUUUUUUUUCAUUCUCUUUUCUACAUUUUCCCUGAUAAAGCCAAAUCACAGACCAAACUUAAGGAUCAUCCAUUAACAUCUCAACGUAUCAACCACGAAUUGGAACAGAUACGCUGAUGUUGCAUUUGAUUAUACAGAAAACUACUGACAAAGACUUAUAACCACAUUUUAGAUAUUUGAAUUUUUCUUCUUCUAAAAAUACUUCAGCAGGUUCUCUAUUGAUUGUUCUUGGAAAACUUGUCUGGUACACAGACAAAGACGUGGUGUUUCUUUAAAACCAAAGGGGGAGAGCCCUGCCCCAGUUAGAUACUUUUUAAGAUGAUGAUGAUGAUGCAUUAUAAACAACUUGACACAUAAAAGAUCAAACUUUAAGGGGUAUCAUAUUCAUGAAUGGAAGGUUUUGAUAUCUUGGGGACAAAAACUCCUAUGGUCCAUUAUUUUGUACAGUGGUGAGUGGUCCUACUACAGUCCCAACCAUUUUUUUCUGUGAAUUAUGUGUACUGUUUUGGACAGAAGAACACAUCAUGCAAUCACCCAAUAUUAUUUUCCUUCAUUGUUUGGUCCAAUCUCUCUCUCAUUUUUUCUUUUGAAAAAUCGUUUUCAGCAUUUUUUCAAAUCCCCAAAUCUAAUUCAGUGAUCAAUUAAAAGCCAAGUACAUAUUCCAGAAGUAUUUGCAUUUCUUCUUCUGUAUUAGAUACUAGUACAUAUUCUAGAUCUUAAACUUUAAUGCAUCUAAUUCUUGUAUUGGUCUAGUUAUAGUGUUAUACCAACUAAUUCCAUGAUUAUGUUAAUAAGUGUUGCUUUGUGGUCAUUACUCGGUGCUGAUUAAAUGAAUAAAGAUGAUGACAUCUUGAGCCUGAAGCUCCUCAUGCAUGUUUGUUUUUUUUACUGUUAGACCUUUGCUAUUUUCAAAAUGUGGAUCAUAGACAUUGUACCAAACUUUUGAUUCUCCAUUUUCUCUUUUCUUUUGUUUCCUUUUUAUUGUUUCUUGAUACCCACAUCAGCACUUUAGUUAUCUUUUUCCGAACAAAAGAUCUUUUUAUUCCAUUGACAUAGUCCAAUCUGAUUUCCAUGAUAUCUAUCCACAUGAAAAAGAAGAGGACUUUCAUAUAUACAUUAACAUAAAAGUAGCAUAUGUGUACAUAUACUUUAUAUAAACCUAUUACAUCUUGGAUAUGAUACCUGCCCACUAACCCCAACCAAACUACAUAAAUGAUUUGGGUAGUUGGCUUUCUUUCUCUUCUUUUAAAAAUUUAAUUUCUCUUCUUUUCUUAGACUUUGGGAUAUGUAUGGGCACCUAAUAUAGACAAUAAACAACUGUUACAAACACUUUCCUAGACACUUUUCCCUGUUCAAGAGAGAAAAAAGAGUAUCCAUGAAUAGUAGUUAAUAGUUGUGGGGAUAUCAGAGUGUGCGAGAGAGAUAGACUGCAAUGAUUUUGCUAUAUUCUAUAGGUAUUCAGAUGGGUCUAUAACUCAUAAUACCACUCUUUCAUAUCUUUCUUAUUGCAUCAUCAAAAUCAAGUUCCAAGUUAUGUUGUGAUUUAUAAUAACAUUAUAGAAUCUGACAUCAUUUCUGCACAAAAAAAAACAAUAAGAGGAACAUUUGUGCAGGUCUAUUGUGAUCAUAAUCAUAUAUAUUUGUUGUGAUAUUUAAAUAUAUGUAAAAAGAAUACAAAAAGGGAAACACUUUGAGGUCUAAAUCUAAUUCACAUGAGCUUUGCAGUGUUUGUGGUUCAGUGGGAUAUGACUGAUUGUUAACACUAUAUUUUUCUUUUAUAAUUCUUUCUACAUUAUUCAUCUUUUGAAAUUGGAUGGUACUAAUGAUGAGAAAUAAACAAAUGUCUUGUGUGGCUUUUUCUGCAGUGCUUUCAGAAUACUUCACACCAAAUCCACCCAAUAUAAAGAGCCAAAAAAGAAAGAAAGAAAAAAAUUUAAUUUUUCAUUUUUUGGCAUUUGGUAAAUUGGUAAGUCAUUGAUAUUCGCAAGUAAAAUAAGAAGAAAAAUGCUCCUAGGGUUUAUAACUUUAUAUGGUAUUAUUAUUUAAGAUUGAUGUCUUUGUGUUUGCCUUUACCAAAUCCUAUCUCUUCUUCAAGUUUAAUACUCAUUCCCUUCCCGAAAAUAAGAUUUUCUAGAGUUUUCACGUUUAUUAAGAUUUUCUAGAGUUUUCAUGUUUAUUAAGAAUACAAUAAAUAUUUACAGUUUAAUUUAAACUUUAUUUUUCAAUAUAUUUUACAAUAACUAUCCACCAAUAAAAUUUAAUCAAUUCAAAUAUUCACAGUUAAUGUUUAUCAAAAGUAUACAAAAAUACUUUAAAAAUAUAGAAAAUCUAUUUAUUUGGAACAAAAAUAAAUUUUAGAAAAUCUUACUUUUGGGAACAGAGAGAGAAUAUCGUUUGCCAAUGUAAAAUUUUCAAAGAAAAAUCAUGUGAUAGAUAAUCUAAGUGAUCUAUUAUCGAUGGAGGUCAACAAUUGGACCUUAAUGUACAAAAGACCAACCUCUGAAAAUGAAGAGUCAUUUGACAAAAAGAUUGGUUUGUGGGUACUCCUCACUUUGAAAUUUUGAAUUUAUCUAUUCUACCCAUAGUGGGAUUGUGAUUCUGAUUCACAUCAUUGACAACAAGAAGAGUGUGUUAAAAGGCUAAAAGAGGUGAAAAAUGUUUUUGUUCCCAUUAGGACUCAUUUAUUCAUAGUUAUGCAGUCAGAUCACAUUGAUGGCCUAGGGGUGAAAACUGAUAAGUGGGGGCCAAUCCCCAACAAUAAGCAUACAAUUGCUAAUUUAACUUUAUUAAUUUUUUAUUUUCUUAGGACAAAUAACAAAAAAAAGGUAAAAGCUACUAUAAUCAAUAGGGUAGUGAGUGAGGUUGGACCAUUUCAUGAGUGCCCCCUUUCACAAGGUAAUCUAUAAAGUUUUUAGUGUUCCCCAUCAUGACCCCUCUUAGCAUCUAUUUCUCAACUUUAAUUAUUCCAAAGACAUUUUGAUGUAAUCUAUAAUCUUAUAUAUAAUAAGAUCAUGUAUGUACUCCACUAUGAUACGCAUAUGUACGGGGAAUAAACCGUUUAGUUUAGUGGAUGUUGCACUUCUAAAGAUGAUUUUUGAUUUAAUCAUGUAUCUAACUAGCUAUAUAUUAGUUAUUGGCAUUAUUGAACUCGCAUGAUGUUGUAUGUUUCCACCGUUUUAUUAUAAAUAUUCAUAUAUAUAGACUAGUUAACUCGAAAUUGGUUUUUUCAACUCCUAUGCUGACUUUUGUUACAUACCAUGGAUAAAGUUGAAUUGCCAUUUGAACUGAAUUGUUUCCUUAAAAUUUGCGAAGUAAAUGUUUAAAAGUUGCUUUACAGGAAAUCAAACACAGGAUAAAAACGUCAAUGAGCUAUGAUUUCACAGCAUAAAAUGAUCAUUGCAACUUCUUUAUUCAUCAUUCAACCAUAUGUUAUUUCUUUCUUAUGCCAUAUGAAACCUAAUCGGUGAAAGUUUUAUGGGAUGAGAGGUUAAUUAUAUAGAAAUCAAAUAGUAUUGUUUUGAUAAACAGUUUUCACAGCUCCAACCCUCCAAACAGUUAUAUCAAAAUCGUAGCUUCCAGAGUAAUAAUUAAACAAAAUUACUUUAAGAAAAAAUAGAGAAACCCCACUAAAACCGAAAAUUUGGAUAAAUAAAUGGGUGUUAAUAAAAAAUAAUAUCUAAAAUAUAAGUGGACAAGUUGAAUGACACAAACCCUAACACCUCAACAUUUGCAUAUCCCAUCACUUUACACCAAGUCUUCCCACUUUUGCUUCGUUUGUUUCGCUUAUAUACAUACAUUAUUUAAAUAAAAGCAUAACCGUAGGGAAAUGGUCCUUAGAUUCAUCAAAAGUUUCCAAAUAAUAAAGUAAUUUAUAUAAACAUCAAUCGGUCAAGCGUCACUCUCUUUAUUUUUGUUCUUGACUCAUUUGUUGCUUAGUGUGUACGUGACGUUUGGUUCCUUACCUUCACAAACUCUUAUCUCCAUUUUCAGUAUUACAAUAAUGGGUGAGAAAACUCAUAAAAUCACGGGUUGUCCGUAUAUAUAGUUUACAACUCGGUGGAGCAGUCACUUGUAUAACAAUACCAUACAAAACAAACUGUUACGUGAUAAUGUGGGAAUCUAUGCAGAGAUGUAUAUCGUUCUUCGAUGUUUAACUAGAUUUCUAUUUUGAAGCAUGCAACAAAUACAAACACACUAGCUCACAUGUUAAUGUGUAAGUGCAAAAAAAAAUGUUACAAUAUUGAUAGUGGAAGAUUUAACCAACUCUAUACUAACUUUCGGCCGUAGAAAAUUAGCAUAUUAGUUCUGUCUAAAUUAACGUGCAUUCUCUUUUUUUUUUUAAUAAUGUGAAAGACUUGUUAAAAAGGAGAAAUAAUAUUGAACGUUUCAAAAUGAUCAUGGUUUAGAAUAAUGCACCUCCAUUGGAUGAUCCGCAUGUGAAGGCACAAACAAAGAUGUCUACAUCUAAAUCUAAUUAAUAUUCAAAUAUGCAAACCACUACUUACAAUCGUAUGAUUAACAUCAGUUAAACCAAUAUUUUAGGUUUUGAUUUUCUCUAGGCACAAAAAAAUAAAAUUAAACAGGAAAAAAAGAGAUAAAUUUUGCUUUCAGACUUUUUAUUCGUGCAACGACUAUAUCCUCUUUAUUAAUGUUGGCAUGAUCUCUUCACAUCGCUUUCUCGUCUCCUCCUCCCUUUUAUUUACUUUUUUAAUAUCUAAAUCAUUUUUAAUACAAUACAAUAAUAAUAUCUAUUAAUAUUUUGGAUACUAUUCAGCAGAUUAACCAUGUAUAAAGCAACCUUCAAAUCUUACUUAUACAACUUGAUUUUGCCCUUAGCACUGGAUUGAAUUAAACUAUUUAAUUAUUGUCAUUGCACUUUUUUUUUUCUUCUGUCAACGACGAUCCUAUUACUAAACUUAUUUUCUAACUGUCUUAUAUGUUGUGAAAUGUUUUCUGUAUAGUGGUUGAUCAAUAGUUUUACGUUUAAUUGCUUAUAUAUAUAUACGCUAGCUUUCAGUUUUUAUAUUUAAAUGUAUAAUUUAUUAGUAAGAUAUGAUUAGUUCGUCAUAAAUAUGUUAGACCAAAUGUUUUUCGAUACUGACAUGCAAAAGGAUAUUAUAUUAUACACCUAUAUGUGUGAUUUCAUACUAUAUAAUAGUUUAACCACCAUUGCUUUUCUGUCUGAGACUAGAAUCAUAAGUUUAUUUAAUUCAUCUCUAUAAAUCGUAUAAAUAUAUACUAAUCUCGGAUUCCCGUAUUUAAUUAAUUUAAGUAAACACAAAUCAAGUUGCUAGAAAACAAAUGGAGUAUCGAAAAAAAUAAACAAUUAAGAGAGAGAAAGUGUCAGGAGUAGUACGCAGGACGAACAACAGCGACAUUUGCGCGCGUCCGACGUGUCAGCUUUUUACCUCCUCCACUGCUCUUUCCUCUUCUUCCUCCCUCACGUUUCUCUGCCGGCGCGUGUCUUCUAAACCCUACAGUGUACUGUUAUAGCCGGUCCCACACCAGCACCAAUUAUCUAUUUUGUCACUUUAAUUUUAUUUCCUGCAGUUCUGGGAUUAUUGUUUUUUUUUUUCAAUAAUAAUAAUUAUCUUAUACGCAUCUACAUUAUGAAAGUAUAAAACAAUUAACAAAAAUCAGUUAGAUAAUCUUUCUGUUUCUUCAAUAUAAGUUACAAUAUCGUUUAUGUUAUAAAAUUUUUAUUUUUUGGCUCUUUGAUUUCCACAUUUUUAUUACUUUGAUUUAAGAAAUGUUUUGGAUUUUACUAUGAAAAUCUAUAUUGAAUUAAACAAUGAGGAUUUCUCUUUCUUUAUGGCAAAGGUUUCUUCUCAUGAAUUCUUAUCUAAAAAAUAUUUUCUAGUAGUUUCCUUACAAUUAAUUGUUUCAAGAGAAAAAAAAAUAAAAACUUCCAUUAACAAAAAAAAAAAA